CCUCUCCUCUCCUCGCCUCUCCUCUGUCUCUCUGUCUCUCUCUCUGCCCUCUCUCUCUCUCUCUCUCUCAAAGUUGUAAAACUUCUGGUCUUCACAAGUUCCCAGCCAUAGAAAAAUCAAAACCUUGCAGUUGCAGAACACUUUCUUCCUCCGCAGAAAAAAAAAAAAACCCCAUGAUUUCACCAUAUUUUUCUCUCUCAUCCAAGCUCUUAGUAACUUUCACAGCUUCUCGUGAGUGAUGGGCGUGAUCUCCUCUUUCUCUCAUACUUUCCACAUUACAGUGAUUCUGACAUUAAACCCACCACUUUUAAGCGCCUGAAAUCCUAUUAAAUUUUGUAAACUGAUUACGCUAACAUAUAUGACGAGUGGGAAACUCCACGGUUCUUCUGCGGACAUGAAAGUAAUUUUCCGAAACGAAAAGCGACCUCGCUCUUCUGACGUUCUCGAGUCUCUCUGGAUUCCCACUCCUUCCUCUUCUUUUCAUGGUUCAAAUUCAAUGGUUAAUUUUGAAAAUGUAAGUGAAGGGGACUGCUUGGAUAGGCCAUUCUUCCAACCCAAACAAGAAAACGAGGAUGACGAUUAUUACGGUAGCUACCUUCAUCAACCCGGAAAGAAAAGGCGGCUCACGGCGAAUCAAGUUCAGUUUCUGGAGAAGAAAUUUGAGUCAGAAAACAAGCUCGAACCUGAGAGGAAGGUGCAACUUGCUAACGAACUUGGCUUGCAGCCUCGCCAGGUAGCAAUUUGGUUUCAAAACCGCCGGGCGCGGUAUAAAAACAAGCAGUUGGAAAAGGAUUAUGAUUCAUUGAAAGCCAGCUAUGAUAAGCUCAAGGUUGAUGUUGAUAAUCUCCUCAAGGAGAAUGGAAGUUUGAGGAACGAGGUUGAUUCCCUCAAGGACAUUUUGCUUUCGAGAGAGAAAGGAAAGCCUGACGGCGGAAAUUCGGAUUCACACAACGCAAUCGAUUCAUCGGAUUUGGUGACCCGGAUUGCAAUUCCGAAUGAAGAUUCUGAAACUGUGACCAAAGGGGCAAUGGUGGUGUGCAAGCAAGAGGAUGCAAGUUCGGCGAAAAGCGAUAUUUUUGAUUCGGAUAGCCCGCAUUGCACCGAAAACCAUUCACCGUUGUUAGAGCCGGCGGAUUCCUCUCAUGUGUUUGAACCAGCUGAUCAGUCCGAUUUCUCGCAGGAGGAAGAUGAUGACCUCGGAAAGACGCUUUUACCCCCACCACAGCCAUACUUGUUAAAGCUUGAAGAUUGCUGCUAUGAUAAUUUACCCCCUCCAAAUUCUAGUAAUUUCGGGUACAUCCCCUUGGAAGAUCAGCAGCCCUUUUGUUUCUGGCCUUAUUGAGGGAGAGAUGGUCAUGUUUCAGAGCGUAGACUGCUGCAGUGCUGCUCCAUUGUGCUAUCUAAUUAGUUCUGAGUUGUGAUUAUGGUUAAAAGGAGAAAUGAAUCAAAUAAUUAGCCACUAAUUAUGUG